CUUACAGCUACCAUGGCCCAGCCGGGGACUUUGAACCUCAAUAACGAGUUUCUGCUUCUAUUCAAGGAAGUUAUAGUCAUCGAAGACUUAAAGUAAGCUGGAAAAGCAGGGAUCAAAUGAGGACCUCACAGCUACAGCAAAGGAAAUUAUUCUCCAUUUUUACUCAGUGGAUAUAUGAGUCUGCUGUGAGCAAGCCACUGUUCAUAUUACACAGUUCUGUAAGCAACCUUUUCUCAGGUUGUGAAGAUGAGAAAAGAAGUGAAGAGAAUCCGAGUUUUGGUUAUCCGAAAACUUGUCAGGAGUGUUGGCAGACUGAAGUCAAAAAAGGGUACCAAAGAUGCACUGUUGAAAAAUCAAAGACGAGCACAACGAUUGCUCGAAGAAAUUCAUGCCAUGAAGGAGUUAAAACCUGAUACAGUAACUAAAUCUGCUCUUGGUGAUGAUAUCAACUUUGAAAAAACCUGCAAAAAGCCUGAUUCUACUGCAACUGAAAGAGCAGUUGCCAGACUAGCAGUGCACCCUCUUCUGAAGAAAAAAAUAGAUGUGCUAAAAGCUGCUGUCAAAGCCUUUAAAGAUGCAAGGCAAAAUGCUGUUGAAGUUAAGUCAUCAAAGAAUGCUUCAGAAGAAAAUCAUUCCAAGGACACUUUGUGUUCAAAUGACGAAGCCAGUAAGUUACAGCAUGAAGGAACUAUUAUCAGUGAGCAAAAAGAGAAAGAAGCCAAAAUAUUGGCAAAGAAACCAAUAAAUAAUUCAAAAGAAAAAAUAGCCAAGAUGGAACAUGGACCCAAAACAGUGGACAUUCCAAAUUCUCUAUCAAAGCCUUCUGAAAAAGAUUCUGCAGUACCCUCUGAACCCCAGAAGACACCUACUGACCCCCAAAUGAAAACAUUUAGUCAAACCAAAAAAGAGAAAGAGUCCAGUAGCUCACUUGGUGUUAACAGUGAUGGAGAAGAAUUACAUGAAGAAGAGAAGGAAUAUUUUGAUGAUAGCACAGAAGAAAGGUUUUACAAACAGUCUUCCGUGUCUGAGGAUAGUGAUAGUGAUGAUGACUUCUUCAUUGGGAAAGUCAAACGGACACGGAAGAAGAAAAGUAGUUGUCAUUUUUCAGUUAAGGAACAAACCCCCCCAAAAAAAUUGUUUUCUGAAGAAGAUAUACUUGAAACCCAUCAGGAUAUGAGAAGUGAUAAUAACAAGCCACAUACAGAAGCAAGGAAGUUUGAAUCAGUGUUUUUCCAUUCUUUAUCUGGAUCUCAAACCUCUGGAAGAAAUUACAGAGAACAGGCUCCAAGAAGCAAAAUCCCAGAUUUUCAGCAAAUUGAACCUCAGAUCAAUAAUCAGUUUAAUAAGAGUGCACGAAGAGGGCCUGAAAAUACAAAACAGAAAUCACAGCUGCCUCUUCAUCCUUCAUGGGAAGCAAGCCGGAGGCGAAAAGAGCAGCAAUCCAAAAUUGCUGUGUUUCAGGGGAAAAAAAUUACCUUUGAUGAUUGAUUAGUACUAUUUGUUUCUCUAUCUAAAAUUUGUUUUUCUUUUUUUAACGUUUCUUUUUUUUAACCGGCCCAUUAUUUAAAUAUGUAUUUGAAUAAGUC